AUGCAUAUGUGGGCAUCAGAAAGAGAGAGAGAGAGAGAGAGAGAGAGAGAGAGAGAGAGAGAGAGGGAGAGAGAGAGAGAGACAGACAGACAGAGAGGGAGCGUGGGAGAGAAAACGAGAGACACCGCUAAUAUCCGCGCUUCGAUCAUAGCACGAGAUGAUUAUAUACGGCACAGUCAGUAGGAUGCCUCGAUCGUACGGUCCAAGGUCCGCUCUUAUCUCAUACAAUGGUAUUCGUUUAUCCACUCGAUAAUCAUACAAUGUUGAAGCAUUUCUUGGAAUUGAAAUAUCCUACUGGAGAAAAUAUGAAGGGACUUCACUUAUCCGAACCGAACGUUAGCGGCUUAAGCUAAGCCUAUCACGAGCAGCGUCGCUGCCUGCAUCCCUACUCACCUGGUCCAUGCACAUUGCUCUCUUCAGAAGAUUGGCCGCCUAUCCUAGAUCUUCCCAUUUCCAAGAAGAUCCCGGGGUCGAUCCGGUUUAGUAUCAAGGUGAUUCUCUUUCUGUUCCUAUAUAUAUGGGUCCGUGCAGCAAUGUUUAUCUCCCAACACAAAUAUAUCAUGGACCUUUUGAAGGAGACAAACAUAAGUAGUUGUGGACCAUCUAAUACUCCCAUGGAUGCCAAUAUAAAACCUGGAAAUGUGGAAGAAUCCAAUAGAGUAGACCAAGAGAUUUAUUAA